AUGAGUUGGAGAUCUGCCCUCCUCAUCUCAUGCAUUGGGGGAGCCUUGAGCGCCCCAGCCCGUCACUCAGGGGACAACAAGUACAUUGACUGGAAGACUUUCAAGGCGUACGGUGUCAAUCUUGGUGGCUGGCUUGUCCAGGAGUCAACAAUCGACACCACCUGGUGGGACACCUACUCUGGAGGAGCUUCAGACGAGUGGGGUCUCUGCAAAAAUCUCGGUUCCCAAUGCGGCCCUGUACUGGAAAAGCGCUACGCGACCUGGAUUACCACAUCCGAUAUCGAUGAUGCAGCCAGUGCGGGUGUGACUCUGCUGCGCAUUCCGACAACAUAUGCGGCUUGGAUUAAAUAUCCCGGCUCUCAACUGUACUCUGGCAACCAGAAGGCAUAUCUCAAGGAGAUUACUACCUACGCUAUUGAGAAGUAUGGCAUGCAUAUCAUUCUCGAUGUCCAUGGUCUUCCUGGGGGUAUCAAUGGUCUCACCAUUGGCGAAGCCGAAGGCCAUUGGAACUGGUUCCAUAACGAAACCAACUUUGCCUAUUCUAUGCAGGUUGUUGACGCCGCGAUCGCCUUUAUUCAGAACUCUGGUUACCCCGAGUCCUUCACCUUCGAGCCCAUGAAUGAGCCUGCUGACAAUGAAGAUCUCUCUACAUUCGGUACUCCAGCUGCGCUUUCCGAUUCUGGUGCUGCCUGGGUUCUCAAGUAUAUUCAAGCCGUCCUGAGCCACGUGGCUAGCGUCAAUGAAAAGAUCCCGGUCAUGUUCCAGGGUAGUUUCAAGGGCGAGGAAUACUGGUCUGGGAAUUUCUCGAGCAAGGCAAACUUAGUCUUCGAUGUGCAUAAUUACUACUUUGCGGGACGAAACACAACAUCUGCCAACGUUCCGUCAUACAUCUGCUCAGAUGCCAAGGCGACUCCUGGGGAUGGGAAGUUCCCUACAUUUGUUGGCGAAUGGUCAAUUCAAGCACUAUAUAACAACAGCUUCGCCCUACGAGAGCGCAACCUCAACGUGGGACUCGCGGCGUUCUAUAAGUACUCACACGGUGGUUCUUACUGGACUUGGAAGUUCUCCGGAAAUGCCACGGUUGAUGGGCAAGGGACACAGGCUGAUUACUGGAACUACAAAGGUUUUGUUGACAGAGGUUAUGUUCAUCCAACAUCAAGCGAUUUGAAGUAUUGCUGA